CGGAGCCGCCGCGGCCGGACCCGAUGCCGGCAGCUGGGCGCUGAGGGCGGCCCCGACAUGGGGGUUCUCAGCAUCACGGACCAGCCCCCUCUGGUCCAAGCCAUCUUCAACCGGGAUGUGGAGGAGGUUCGGUCGCUGCUCAAUCAGAAGGAGAACAUCAAUGUACUGGACCAAGAACGCCGGACCCCGCUCCAUGCUGCUGCCUACAUCGGAGAUGUUGCAAUCCUUGAGCUGCUCAUCCUGUCAGGUGCUAAUGUGAACGCCAAGGACACGGUGUGGCUCACGCCGCUGCACCGCGCCGCGGCCUCUCGCCACGAGAAAGCCCUCCACCUGCUCCUCAAGCACUCUGCAGACGUCAAUGCCCGUGACAAGCACUGGCAGACGCCGCUGCACGUGGCCGCUGCCAACAGGGCCACCAAGUGCGUGGAGGCGCUGGUGCCCCUGCUCAGCACCGUCAACGUGGCCGAUCGCACCGGGCGCACGGCGCUGCACCACGCCGUGCACAGCGGCCACAUCGAGAUGGUGAACCUGCUGCUGAACAAAGGUGCCAGUCCCAGCACGUGUGACAAGAAGGACCGGCAGCCCCUGCACUGGGCCGCCUUCCUGGGUCACCUGGAGGUGCUGAAGCUGCUGCUGGCGCGCGGGGCCGACGUGCUGUGCAAGGACAGGAAGGGCUACACGCUGCUGCACACGGCGGCUGCCAGCGGGCAGAUCGAGGUGGUGCGACACCUGCUCAGGCUGGGGGUGGAGAUCGACGAGCCCAACGCCUUUGGGAACACGGCGCUGCACACGUGUUACAUGGGGCAGGACGCGGUGGCCAACGAGCUGGUCAACGUGGGGGCCAACGUCAACCAGCCCAACGACAAAGGCUUCACCCCGCUGCACUUCGCCGCCGUGUCCACCAACGGCGCGCUGUGCCUCGAGAUCCUGGUCAACAACGGCGCCGAUGUCAACUUCCAGAGCAAGGAAGGGAAGAGCCCCCUGCACAUGGCGGCGAUCCACGGCCGCUUCACGCGCUCGCAGAUCCUCAUCCAGAACGGCAGCGAGAUCGACUGCGCCGAUCGCUUCGGGAACACGCCCCUGCACGUGGCCGCGCGCGACGGCCACGAGCUGCUCAUCAGCACCCUGAUGACCAACGGCGCCGACACCGCCAGGCGUGGCAUCCACGACAUGUUCCCCCUGCACCUGGCCGUGCUCUUUGGCUUCUCCGACUGCUGCCGCAAGCUGCUGUCCUCAGGGCAGCUGUACAGCAUCGUGUCCUCGCUGAGCAACGAGCACGUCCUGUCGGCCGGCUUCGACAUCAACACCCCCGACAGCCUGGGCAGGACCUGCCUGCACGCCGCGGCCUCCGGGGGGAACGUGGAGUGCCUGAACCUGCUGCUGAGCAGCGGCGCCGACCUGAGGAGAAGGGACAAGUUCGGGAGGACCCCCCUGCACUACGCAGCAGCCAACGGCAGCUACCAGUGCACGGUGACGCUGCUCACGGCCGGGGCCGCCGUCAACGAACCCGACGGGAAAGGCUGCACGGCCCUGCACUACGCGGCUGCCUCCGACACCUACCGCAGGGCAGAGACUCAUUCAGGAAGCAGCGAUGAGGAGCCCCUGAAGGAGUCCAGGCUGAAGGAGGCGUUUUUCUGUCUGGAAUUCCUGCUGGACAACGGUGCCGACCCCUCCCUGCGGGACAAGCAGGGCUACACCGCCGUGCACUACGCGGCCGCCUACGGCAACCGGCAGAACCUGGAGCUGCUGCUGGAAAUGUCGUUCAACUGCCUGGAGGACGUGGAAAGCACCGUCCCAGUCAGCCCUUUGCACUUAGCUGCCUACAACGGUCACUGUGAAGCUCUCAAGGCGCUGGCAGAGACGCUGGUGAACCUGGACGUGCGGGACCAGCAGGGCCGCACCGCGCUCUACCUGGCCACGGAGCGCGGCGCCAGCGACUGCGUGCAGGUGCUCACCAGCCACGGCGCCUCCGCCCUGCUCAAGGAGAGGAGGAGGAAGUGGACGCCUCUGCACGCUGCAGCUGCCAACGGGAACACGGAUUCCCUGCACCUGCUGAUCGACAGCGGGGAGCGCGCCGACAUCACCGACGUCAUGGACAUCCACGGCCAGACCCCUCUGAUGCUGGCCAUCAUGAAUGGACACGUGGAUUGUGUCCACCUGCUGCUGGACAAGGGCUCCACGGCCGACGCCGCCGACAAGAGGGGCCGGACGGCGCUGCACCGCGGGGCCGUGACAGGCUGCGAGGACUGCCUGGCUGCCCUGCUGGACCACGAUGCCUUCGUCCUGUGCCGCGAUUUCAAGGGCCGGACCCCCCUGCACUUGGCCUCGGCCUGCGGCCACCUGGAGGUGCUGAGGACGCUGCUGCAGGCGGCGCUGGCCACCGACCCGCUGGACUCCGGCGUGGAUUACAGCGGCUUCUCCCCCUUGCACUGGGCUGCUUACAGCGGGCACGAAGAUUGUCUGGAAUUGUUACUUGAACACAACCCGUUCUCGUACCUGGAGGGAAACCCCUUCACCCCCUUGCACUGUGCAGUAAUUAACAACCAGGACGGCACUGCCGAGAUGCUGGUGGAAGCAUUGGGUGCCAAGAUUGUUAAUAGCAGAGAUGCCAAAGGAAGGACCCCCCUUCACGCUGCUGCCUUCGCAGACAACGUCCAUGGUUUACAGCUGCUCCUGCGCCACCAGGCCGAGGUGGACACGGCGGACAAGCUGGGCAGGACCCCCCUGAUGGUGGCCUCAGAGCACGGGCACACGGCGGCUGUGGAGUUCCUGCUGUUCCAAGCUAAAGCAAACAUUACUGUGCUGGAUGUCAACAAGAACACAGCUCUUCACCUGGCCUGCAGCAAGGGCCAUGAAAAGUGUGCCUUGUUGAUCCUGGGGGAAACCCAAGACCUUGGCCUUAUCAAUGCAAGUAACAGUGCUCUGCAGAUGCCGCUGCACAUCGCGGCGCGGAACGGCCUGGCCUCCGUGGUGCAGGCGCUGCUCAGCCGAGGCGCCACCGUGCUGGCUGUGGAUGAAGAAGGCCACACGCCCGCCCUGGCCUGCGCCCCCAACAAGGACGUGGCCGACUGCCUGGCACUGAUCCUCUCCACCAUGAAGCCUUUCCCGCCCAAGGACGCGCUGGGCUCCUUCAGCUUCAACCUCCUGACGAACUGCGGCAUCGCGGCCAAGGCGGCGGCGGCCUGCGGGGCCCUCCCGAACGGCUCCUCCCGGCCCUUCCCGGCCUGCGGGGCCCUCCCGAACGGCUCCUCCCGGCCCUUCCCGGCCUGCGGGGCCCUCCCGAACGGCUCCUCCCGGCCCUUCCCGGCCUGCGGGGCCCUCCCGAACGGCUCCUCCCGGCCCUUCCCGGCCGAGCGCGGCGCCAUCGGCCUGGACGGCGUCUACUCGGAGUGAGCCCGGCCCGGCCGGACACAAGGAGCUGUUCAAUCCUCUUCUCCUGGCUGGAAUUUUUUUUUCUGGGCUCGGCAAUGAAAGGAGAUUUUAAAAAAUUAAACCAAAAAAAAACAAACAAAAAAAAAAUAAAAACCGCAAACCCCAUUUUUAAAAUAAAAAAAAAUUAAAAUUAAAAAAACCAAAAGGCCGAGGCUCACCUAAAACAUCAAAGGGAGUUCUGGAGCUGCCCUAAAAUCCUAAAAAAAUUCAAAUUUUGGAAUUUUGGGGUGAGGUUGGAGGGGGGGAAGCGUCUUUGAGGCAUCUGUAGCAACUCUGUGUCUUUAAUAUUCCUCCGUGUCAAUGCUGCACCUCUGUAUUUUAUGCACAUAAAUGUUCCUUUGAUGCCGACAGGACAAAAAAAAAAAAUUAAAAAAAAAAUUUAAAAAAAAUAUAUAAAAGACAAAAAAAAAAAAAAAUUUAACAAAAACCUCAUCAUCACCUGUCAGGUACAGCCUGUGCUGGUCCGUGUCUUGUCCCCGUGCAGGGGGGACAAAAAGAAAGGGGGGGGAAGAAAUAAAAUAAUUUAAAAAAUAAUAAUUAUUAUUUAAAAAAAAAAAAAAAAGAGGAAAAAAGAAAAAAAAAAAAAAAAAAAAAAGGAAAAUAGCCUUAAUCGACCCAGUCGUUAUCGAUAUUGUUCUUCGUCAACUUGAAAAUAAAUCAAUAAAGGAAAGUUCGCA